AUGACAAGAAAUCUUGCUAGGAGAACAAUCGUGCUACAGAUCUGGGAGAACCUUCGUGCGAACGAAAAUCAUUGCAAGCUGCCGUCAGCGAGGAAGCGAUGCUUGUCGUUGGAAGUUACCGGGAGGCAGUGGCGAUUCGGCCCGUCAGGAUCUGGACACCCCCCGCCCAAGUUCACUUUUUCGGGGCUGUCCGCUUUCCCCGGGAUCCGAUCCGAAUCUGUUUGCCCCGGACGGUCCGUGUUAACCAGACUUACCGGGUCGUUGUGCGCUGCUGUCUCGUUGACGUUCCGGUUAUUGCUUCGGAUUUCGGGGAUUGGAAACCCUAAUACACAUGACCGUGAAGAAUUUCAUUUAUCGGAGGUGCCUGAUUGGGACGAUGAAGUAGUUGCCUCGGCCCGUUUCAAGGCUUUUAGCGGCCAAAGAUCGGAUUGGCUAAAAUUCCUCUUCUGGAGGGAUUUGAUCAUCAAAAUCGCCCGACAUUUUGGGCUCUUUAUUAUUCGUCCUUCCGAGGUCAAGAAUGGUUGGUUUAAUCGAGGAGGCUUGACUCCUUUAUGUCUAGACCAUGUAUUGGUGAGUGCAAGCUUUUUUCACUAUAUCCAUCUGUGUGAUAUCGCAAGAACUGCUGAUCUUGUGGAUCCUACUAGUGGAGAACUCUCCCAAUUAUUCAGAAAAGUAAGCAACUAUAAUAAUAAGGUCAACAACAGCUCAGGAACUAUAUCCGAAGAACCUUUCAUCAUAACCACGCUGGUUAAGGAUAAGGCAGCUGAAGUUAUCAAACUUCUAUCUGAAAGUCACUGGAAUUCAUCAUGUAUUGUAACAAUGAAGAAAUUCCAAGAGGUAUGCGGAGGACCUGAUGAGACAUCUGCAAUCUUGAGGUACCUGGCAGGGUGCGGAAAAGCAAAGUAUAUUUCAGUCUGUAAGAAAGAACUUGUAGAGGGUAUCAAAAUUUCUCUUUCAACAGCAGCUUUAUCGGGGACGUCUAAUUUAGAUUAUGAUGUUCUGCACUUGAUUUGGACAACUGAGAGGCUUCAGCAACAACUUGAUGUGAUUGACCAACGUUAUGAAUUGUCAAGAAAAUCAGCACUAGCUUCAUUACAUUCUGGAAACAGAAAAUUGGCUCUCAGGUAUGCUAGGGAGCUUAAGGUGGCCACCCAGAGUAGAGAGAAAUGUUCAUCACUUUUGAACAGAGUAGAGGAAGUACUUGGUGUUAUUGCUGAUGCUGAAUCCACAAAAAAGGUUUCUGAAGCCAUGGUGUCAGGAGCCCGAGCAAUGAAAGAAAAGAAGAUCAGUGCAGAGGAAUUGGAUGUUUGUUUAAGAGAUAUCAAAGAGAGCAUUUAUUCGCAAAGGGAAGUUGAAAGGGCGCUAGCAAUGUCAGAACGAAGUCCAUCAUACGCGGAUUUUGAGGAAGAAGAUGUUGAAGAGGAGUUCAAGAAGUUAGAGCUGGCGGUUGGCGACGAGGCUGGAGUACCUGAGCCUGAAAACGUGUUCACUGACAGAGAAGGAAAAGAAACUGCAGCAGCCACUGAAUUUAUGAACGAUGCUUUCUCGAAUCUGAAGCUCUCGGACGAUCUGUCGGAGUCCAAGCUAGAGAAACAAUCAAACAUUCCAGAAAUGGAAGCUGCGUUAGCCUGAAUGUUCCAUCAAACUGGAAAUGGUUGUUAUGCUUUAUUUGUGGCUAAAGGACCAAUGGUGUGAUAGUCGAUUUCCAGGUCUCUAUAGUUUGUUUUGCUUGAAUUGGGCCCAAUUCAAAAAAGACAAGACAAGAUUUAAAAUCGAGAACAGAAAUUUUUGGAUGACAUGACAUCGUAUGAAUUUGGUUCCACGCCUCCGUUGGACGUAGUUACAGAUUUACAGUAAUAUCCAGACAGAAUUAUUUGCGAACCUACCGGCUUGCUGGUUCAGAUGGCGGGCAGUAAGCACCAUCUUAACCUGUCAAUCACAAUGUAAUGUAUUGUUUCAACCAUCAAGUUUCUUUCCUCAUGGAAAUCGAUAUCUCCUUCCCGGUGGCUAUUUUUCUUCAUUACAAGUCAGACAAUUGUAAUUUUGAUGGAAAUUUGGGAACGGGAAGUACAUCCCUAAUAAAAAUUAUCCUGAGAGCUGGCGGUCACCGCUGCCUUUUACA